GCAUGCGCACUAAGAUGUUGUGGCAAAACAAGAGGCGGGUAUAUAAGCGACUGAACAAUAGGUAAAAUAACAUCAUAACGACCUAAUUCCUCCUUUAGAUCGCUGCACAUAUAUUCUCUCACUCUCUACCUACCUGCCUGCCGAGUGCCUACGGGGAGGUGCAGAGAUGCUUCUUACCACGAGUGGGUACCAGCUUGCGCUAUUUUGCCUUCUGAUAAGAAGCUGUCAAGCUGUCAAGAACGGCGCCACGGAAACAUUAAACGCUCAGUUGAUAAGUACGGUCCAGGAUACACCGAGUAGUAAUGUAUCAAUGAAUCAAGCACGCAACGGAGGAAGACGUUUGACCAGCGAUGCGAGGAAAGAGCAGGGCCAGGCACAGAGCCAGGUGGGCUGCAGAGAGCUGCGCUCCACCAAGUACAUCUCAGACGGCCAGUGCACCAGCCUGAACCCGGUCAAGGAGCUGGUUUGUGCCGGGGAGUGUCUCCCCUCCCACCUACUGCCCAACUGGAUCGGCUCCGGUCCCGUCUACACCGGAAAGUUCUGGAGCCGGCGGGAGGCCCAGGAGUGGCGUUGCGUCAUCGACCGGACCCGGACCCAGCGCAUCAGACUGCAGUGUCAGAACGGAAGCUCCAGGACCUACAAGAUCACUGUGGUUACUUCCUGCAAGUGUAAACGCUACUCCAGGCAGAACAAUGACUCAGGGAAUGGGAAGUCAGAGGUGGAGGUUGGGCAGGCCCAGGGGCAGAGCUCCACACUCCAGGGGCCCAAGAGGAGGAAGGGAAAGGAAGGGAAGAAUGGACGUUCUGGGCAGGAGGACUGGGCUGAAGAACAGCCUAAAAAUGACUGAACGGAGACUUCUGGUCAGGGGUGCUCUGUACACCCCUGAGGGGAUGGAAGGUCUCUCUGUGCCCCCAUUUAAGAAACAACUGCAGCACCAACAGACACUAGUUUUGUUUAGAUGGAGCCAAUGUGUUCGCCAUGUUUAAAGUAGCUAUAUGGAGAAGGCUAUGCAAUGAUUCUUCAGACAGUGCAACUGGUUUGCCUAAUAUUGACCACUGUGGAUGUGUUUGUAAAUGUAUGUGUUUUUGUAUGUGAUAGAAUAAGACUAGUUUAAAUAGUACAAGAACCACAUUAGACAACGUGAGAUGAAGUGUUCCUAUCAACCGCUGAGUAUGUUGUCCAAAUAGUAAUGUUUAUAAUAACAUAAAAUGGCAUGGUAUGAAUAUAAAUAGUGAUUCUAUACUCUUUGUGUUACUUUUCAAAGUAUACUAGUAAAGAUCAAGAAGGCCCUCACACUGUUAAGACUCCCAAAUCAUCACUUUCUUGACAACAUUUCCAACCCAAACAGAUCUUCUUCUGGUCAAACAGACUGAGUGCUCACUUCCCAAAAUAUACACAUUUCACCUCACAUGACCAAAUAAGCACAUGAUGCAUGGUGGGGGCAAAAACAAUUUGUGCAUCUCUAAUAAUGUGAUAUCAAUGAGACGGGCACAUAUAGUAGUUUCAGAAAAUAAUAUAUAGGUACAAAAUGACCAAGUAAGAGACCUGGAAGGCAAGACAAAUCAAAGUGACAAAUUCAUGUAAGAAAUGUUCUGAUAUCAAACUCCUGGUUCAGACCUUUAGGAGACAUGGUACAAAAACAGUGAAUCCAAUACAAUUCUCUUCUCGGUAAUAGAUAUUCAGUAUCUCACCCCCCCCAGGGAGUCUUAACAUGUUCAAUACCAAUGUAUCUCAGAGAACUGAUGUCGUGACGAGCCUCCAUGUAAUGCACAGCCACAGGGUUUCUCUGAUCAAUACCAAUGUAUCUCAGAGAACUGAUGUUGUGACGAGCCUCCAUGUAAUGCACAGCCACAGGGUUUCUCUGAUCAAUACCAAUGUAUCUCAGAGAACUGAUGUCGUGACGAGCCUCCAUGUAAUGCACAGCCACAGGGUUUCUCUGAUCAAUACCAAUGUAUCUCAGAGAACUGAUGUCGUGACGAGCCUCCAUGUAAUGCACAGCCACAGGGUUUCUCUGAUCAAUACCAAUGUAUCUCAGAGAGCUGAUGUUGUGACGAGCCUCCAUGAAAUGCACAGCCACAGGGUUUCUCUGAUCAAUACCAAUGUAUCUCAGAGAGCUGAUGUCGUGAUGAGCCUCCAUGAAAUGCACAGCCACAGGGUUUCUCUGAUCAAUACCAAUGUAUCUCAGAGAGCUGAUGUCGUGACGAGCCUCCAUGAAAUGCACAGCCACAGGGUUUCUCUGAUCAAUACCAAUGUAUCUCAGAGAGCUGAUGUCGUGACGAGCCUCCAUGAAAUGCACAGCCACAGGGUUUCUCUGAUCAAUACCAAUGUAUCUCAGAGAGCUGAUGUCGUGACGAGGCUCCAUGAAAUACGCAGCCACAGGGUUUCUCUGAUCAAUACCAAUGUAUCUCAGAGAGCUGAUGUCGUGACAGAGGCUCCAUGAAAUGCACAGCCACAGGGUUUCGCUGAUCAAUACCAAUGUAUCUCAGAGAGCUGAUGUCGUGACGAGCCUCCAUGAAAUACGCAGCCACAGGGUUUCUCUGUACAAGUAUCCCGGUAUUACUCCUGUGUUCUGAUGUCCUUGUUUUCAGAGUUAGUUUUUCCUACACAGCAUAGGCCACAAAUACACUUGAUCAGGUAUAUCAAUUUUUUUUUGUGGAACACGUAAUGAUGCCUUUAAUCCUAAUGACCUUGCCUGCAAUAGGGUGAUUGAACAUUGUGCAUUUGUUCAUAAAGUUACACUAGGUACAUCAGCCACGUCUAUAAUUACUUUUCAAAGUAUGUAACGGAUUACUAUGACAAUGUAAUAUAUUUUUGUACGGAGAUAGCUAAACUUAAUAGAAAUAAGCUCAUCUUUUUUAUAUAUAUAUUUUCUACAUUCCAUGUAAUCACUUUCUGGACAAGUUGUGUCUCAAAUAAUUUGCCUUUGGAUAAUUAAAUAAAUAUUGUCUACUAUGAUUAAAUCACUGAUUUAAUAUAAAAAAUGACUUUUCUUUAAUUAUUUGUAUAAUAACAAUUGAUUUACUUGUCAAUAAAUUGUGCUUUAAUCAUUAGUAGUUAAAUGCCUUGAGCAUGAGGCCACAGGCGGAGGAGCUAUAACUUCACAGCAAACAGGAAGUCAGUAACAACAGAAGCAUUAGCCAGUGAUGUAAUGUUCUAUUGAGUGUAAUAGAAACUGUCCUCUGUGCAGGAAUCCUCUCUCCUUCAGGCUACUGGGCAUGUUCCAGUCAGGAGCUACAUGUUAACAUACAUGACUGUGUCAGAUACCCCUUCAGUGUAAUACCAUGAAAGCUAUAUAUUUAGUACUCGCAGUACUACGGGGAAGUUAUGUCUUCCUCAAAGAGCAUUGGGAACCCUUGAUAUUCCUAGUUAGGGGAUGGCAGCUAGUUUUGGCAUUAGGACAGAGUGGUUCUAAAACUGACAGCACCAGAGUGGUGCGUACCAUAAGGUGGAAGAAGCAUAGGGAAAUCAUGUCUGUGAAUCUCAGAGCAGAGCUUGUGUCAUUGACACAAUAAUACAAGGCUUGUAAAACUUCCUCUCUGUAAUUGUCCCUGACAACAUAUUCUCCUCCUGAGUAGCAGUGAUGCUAUAGGACUUGUAACUACUACCUUUAAUUUGAAUUGUAACUACCACAAACACGCUGUGAAAAAUGC